AUUUCUUAAAUAGACAUUUGAUGUCGGGGCCGCGGACAAAAAUACCACAAGUUUUUUGGAAUAAAGGGUUGACCGGCGCUGUGCCCAGCCCGUGUCUCUCACCAUGGCUGCCAUAAGUGUCAUACAAGUAACAAUGCUGUUGAUUGGUAUAUACGGAUCAAUAGCAGCACCACCUUUAGACGAGCAUCUCCCACCACGACCAAGAGAAGGUGCUGCGAAAACAAAAUUCUGUGAAUUUCACAGCUCACAGUCUGUGGACUGCGACCCAAACAACGAUACGCAAUGUGUACCAGCUGUCCAGAGAGAGGAAUGUCCACCUGCCGAAAACGAUAAAAGCACUCACUGUUUUGUUCUAUGGCAAUAUGACAAUGUCACUAACACAGCAGUGAUCAAGGUGAAAGGAUGCUUCCUCGAUACCGUAGCCUGCAACGAUAGGCCUACAAGUUGUCGGCCACACUACGCCAAACUUCCCUUACUCCAUUGCUGCUGUGAAGGUGACAUGUGCAACGAGAAUGCCACAUUCCCUGGAUUUGACCCAAGUUUCGUGUCUACAGAACCUCCUCCAGAAAAAGUCCCAGCAUCGCCUAUACCGACACCAGAGGAUGAUACUACGGCGAUCAUUAUCUAUACUUUGACGCCAUUGACAAUCUUAUUCAUGGUUCUGACCUCGUACUUCUUGUACAGACGCCGCAAAGAAACUUCUUUUGCGGAGUUAGCGAAUGGUGAAGUGUCGUUAUCAAGACCUCCUUCAGCUGGCGCUGGAAUGGAAAACGAAGGAGCUGGUCUCGUCAGUCAAUUAAAUCUUUGUGAAGUCAGAGCUAGAGGCAGAUUCGGAGCAGUAUGGAGGGCUAAAUUUGGCCAACGUGAUGUAGCUGUCAAAGUAUUCCCAUUGCAAGAUAAACAGUCGUGGCUGGCUGAGCAAGAAAUCUUCAGGCUUCCAAGGAUGGAACAUCCGGACAUUCUGCAUUACAUUGGAGUUGACAAGAAGGGGGAUAAUCUGCAAGCUGAAUACUGGUUAAUUACGGCCUAUCAUGAGAAGGGUUCUUUAUGCGACUAUUUAAAAGCCCACACGCUAACCUGGACUGAAGCAUGGCGUAUAGCAGCCUGUGUAGCUCGUGGUUUGGCCCAUUUACACGAAGAGGGUGGAGGAAAACCUGCUGUAGCACAUCGAGACUUUAAAUCCAAGAAUGUGCUUUUGAAAUCUGACAUGAGCGCUUGCAUUGCUGACUUCGGUUUGGCCCUUAUCUUCGUACCUGGUCGAGCGUGUGGUGACGCGCAUGGUCAAGUUGGGACCAGGCGAUAUAUGGCGCCUGAAGUUUUGGAUGGAGCGAUCAACUUCACAAAAGAUGCGUUCUUGAGGAUAGACAUGUACGCUUGCGCUCUGGUUUUAUGGGAGAUAGUUUCGAGAUGCAAAGAAGUAGGAGCCGAAAUAGCGUCUCAAUACCGUCUCCCGCUGGAGGAAGAGGUGGGGUCGCACCCCAGCUUAGAGGAAAUGCAAGAGGCCGUGGUACAACGGAAAAUGCGACCGCAUAUCCCGGCACAGUGGCGAGAUCAUCCGGGUCUAUCCGUCCUAUGUGACACAAUGGAAGAGUGUUGGGAUCACGACGCCGAAGCGAGAUUAUCCGCCUCCUGCGUACUGGAGCGGGUGGUCGCAGUCAGACCGGCCGGCGGUUCAACCCCUCCUGCAGUGCCCACCGCGCCUUUCCUCCCCGACACCACCCCCUUGCUCAUCCACGAGUUAGCUGACCAAAGACCAAGGAUAUGCUGACCGUCACAGGAAAUGCCGCUCAUACAUUUCUAGAGUGGCAUCAGGUAAAGACAUACAUUUUCAUGUCGAAACGUAAUGAGUGAGUUUAGCUUUGUAAAGUGUUAAUCUAUUAUAAUGAAGCGUUUAAAGAGUCUCGAUAUUUUACAGCUACAGUGUAAAUGUCACAUUGGGCCAAACAAAUUAUGAACUCAGUAAACUUAGGGCCACUUCACGAGACAUUAAUGGCAAUGCAAUGGCCCCAAAUACGUAAAUAGUGUAUACCGUAUUGCAAACAUGUCGCACACUCAUUAAUAAAGUGACGAAAACCGAAAAGUAAUUUUCGGGAAAGUAAUAACUUCAACUUUUGUAUCUAUGGUUCCGUCGGUUUGCGCUUUAAAACAUUAAAAAUUGACAUAGGUACGUGUCACCUGUCAUGUAUGCCUUAUGGCAAAAUUCU